UGAGGGAAGAGGAGGUGAAGGGAGGAGGAGGAGGAGGAGGAGGAGAGGAGGCGGCGCCGCUGCUGCACCGCGCAGGGGAGGGCGGCUUUCGCUGGGCGCGCUGUACACGCGUGCGGGUGGCAGAUUUUGCAAAAAAAAGGCGCUUCGGCUCCACGUUGCGGAGAGAGAGAGUCGCCUCGAGUUGGCGCAUUGGAAAACAUAACUCAGACACGCUGCUCUCCCCCCUCCUCCCCUCAUCAUCACCACACACACACACACACACACACACACAACUCAAAACAAGCCCGCAGCCACGCCGAUUCUGCUCAUCUCAGCUCCCUCCCUCCGCCGGUGGCCGGGCUCCUCCGGGCGCACUGAAUCAUGAGGUGUUUGUUUUGAACUUGGAGCUGCCUUGAACAUAGUCGAAAGUUAACCAGGAGGAUAAGUGUGGAGUGGAGUCAACUUUAUGCUGGAGUGAAAGCCCAGUGGAGGUGGGGCGAUGGACUGUUAAAUAUGCACUCAGAAUGUAGUGACUAUUCAACCCUUGGGGGUCUGAACGGAAUGUCUGUGGAUGAGAAGUCUGAAUCGCCCAUGUAUGUGUAUGAGUCAACAGUGCAUUGUACAAAUAUCCUCCUGUGCCUGAACGACCAGCGCAAGCAGGAUAUCCUCUGCGAUGUGACCGUACUGGUGGAGAGGAAGGAAUUCCGUGCCCACCGCGCUGUCCUAGCCGCGUGCAGCGAAUAUUUCCUACAGACUUUGAUUGGGCAAACAGAACAUGAGCUUGUUAUCACUCUACCUGAGGAGGUCACCGCCAGAGGAUUUAGCCCAUUGUUACAGUUUGCCUACACUGCUAAGCUAUUACUCAGCAGAGACAACAUUCAAGAGGUCAUGCAUUGUGCUCAAGUCCUGCACAUGCAUAACCUGGAGGACUCCUGCUUCCGUUUCCUUGAAGCUCAGCUCUUUAAUGAGAAAGAUGGCUUUAUCUUUUACACCAAAAUGUCAACUUUCCAGCAGUCCGAUGAACAAGAAGACGGGAACUCUGAAGGCGAGGAAGAGCACAUGCAGUCUGAGACCCAUAAGAUCACCUGUUCAAAGGAAAUAAUGUGUGAUGAGACACUUGGAUGUGAGACAUCUCCAAGGUUAUCUGAGAAGGAACCGGCUGUGAUAUCCAUUCCCGUGACAUCGAGUGAUGAUAUGGGACGCUGCCCAAAAUACAGGAAAUAUCAACUGGCCUGCACAAAGCAUAUCAAUAGCACACCACAUACUAGUACCUCAGGUUUUCAAAGCACAUUUAGAGAAGACCGCUCAGUCCAUGCCCAAACCCAAGGAUACAGCAAGGCACAGAUAAAAAUCGAACCACAGGCAUCAGAAACCGCCGGAGAAAAGCAUUUAUCUGGAGUUGAAUCCAAUGCAAUGGAUCAUGCUAUCAUGGAGAAGGAAAUGGAUCUUAAACAAUUGAGUCCAAUGUGUGUUGAUAGACCUUCCAGUAAAACACCCCCUUGUUCGAGAUUCACAAAAAAGACUGAUAUGGAAUCUACUGAGAGACAAAGUCCACUGCAACAAGCCUUCAACACCAGAACAUCUUGUUCCCUUGAAGAGGGAAUGACUCAGGGUGACCUCAAAACAGAAUACAGGCCUUACAGUGUGAACUCUGGACUAUCUUGCACUCCGCAAAAAGAUUGCAGUAGCUUUAUUGCUGCACCAUCUUGUGAAGUGAUUUGCAAGCAAGAACUGGAGUCAGAUAGAAAGAGUGUAAUAUUUUCUUCGGGUACCUUGGACGCUCCUGCUGCACAUUCAUAUCCCGGUGGGAGUUCACUAGAAAGCGAGCUCACUGAACAUGUGCCAAAGGGUUUGUGGACUGGUACCAGCCAGUCGCUCCCAUGUUCACAGACUUGUCCUUCUACUGGACUUUCAGUGGAGCCUUUAUUACCAUUGAAUUCUUGUAGAAUUCGAUCCACAUGUAACACCAGCUGCCCAGUGCCAAUUAAAGUGUGCCCCCGAUCCCCUCCUUCUGAAACCAGAACCAGAACUUCAAGUUCCUGCUCUUCCUACUCUUUUCCUGAAGAUGGAAGUGGUGGUUCCCCUUGCAGUUUGCCUCAGUUUGAGUUGUCCACUUCUCCCUGCUCACAAGGAACCCGCUUUCUAUCUGCAGAGCAGCAAGACCUCAGCAUAAUGGGAGAUGCAAUGUACAGCCAGUGUAAGCCACCAUUAAAAUGUGAACAGUCCUACGUCACCAACUCAAGUGAUGAAUCUGGGUCAUUUUCAGAAGGGGAUAGUGAGUCAUGCUCAACUCGAGAGAGGGGAAAUGAGGUUAAACUCCCCUUUCCAAUAGAUCAAAUCACAGAUCUUCCAAGGAAUGAUUUCCAAAUGAUGGUAAAGAUGCACAAAUUAACCUCUGAGCAGUUAGAGUUUAUUCACGAUGUCCGCCGGCGCAGUAAAAAUCGGAUUGCAGCCCAGCGUUGUCGGAAGCGAAAACUUGACUGCAUUCAGAACUUGGAAUGUGAAAUUCAGAAGUUGCUUUGUGAAAAAGAAAAGUUACUGACCGAAAGAAACCAGCUGAAUGCUUGCAUGGGAGAACUGUGGGAUAAUUUCUCAUGUCUUUGCCAAGAAGUGUGCGGCGACGUCCAGUUAAGUCCAGAGCAAAUGCAGUCAUUACACAAGUUUUGUCCCGUCUUCAGGCCGAUGGAUGAACCUGCAGCCACGGGUGGCACUACCUCGCCCCCGGAUGGAUUAAAGCAGAAGUUUCUGAAAACACAAUGCACUGGAGAUAGUAUGCAAUGUUGUGCAGAGCAAGGAGGGUCCCACCAUCAGGAUCAGUGGUCACGUAGCCACAACGCAGAAGUAUGCUCGUCAGGAAAUAUGCAGGAGCUGCUUGACCAAGGAACAUGCUCAGAGAAGAGGCCCUCAUUUGAACAGUGCAGUCAGACAGUGACGGUAGAUUUCUGCCAGGAAAUGACAGAUAAAUGUACAACCGAUGAACAACCGAGGAAAGACUGCACCCAGUGACUGACUCGUUCUUCCCUUUUUUUCUGGUUGUUUUUUUCUUAAAGUAAGCAGGAGGUUCACUUGUUCAGGAUGCAGGCAACAUUCAUCUGUUGAUGCUUUUUGUCUUUGAUGCACACUACAACAGUCUUAAACUGCAGCAGAACUGUCCAGGUACUACUCCUCAGAACAGCUGAGGUCUAUCCUCACAUUGGUGCUAUACCUUGCUUGUGCAGGGAACUUGACAGUGACAAUGACGCUGUUAUUUUGUAAUGAUUAUUAAUUAUUGUUGUAAGGACCUGACCUUCAUUCUCGAAAGGGAAUGAGUCAGGUGGCAUCUCAUUUUACCUUGAAGGACCCUACAGAAAUCUCAGUUAAGUCUUUCAGCAAGCUCGGUGGCCCAUGUCACACAACAACUCAGGAAAUCUUCUGAAUGUUCAACAUGACUCAGUAACAUAAAAGAUGGUUUCUCAUCUAACAUCUGCAUACUGUAAACAUACUCCUGCAUUCUCAGUUUUAAUUAAUUAGAUUACUGGAACUCUUGUGUUUGCCUUGUACAAAGAAUCUGGUUACAACAUUCCCAUUUUGCCUUCUGCAGAACCUGACCGAAACUUUUAAGAACUUAGACAGUUAGAUUUUCACACUUGAGCAAUAUCACCUUCUUUGUACUUUAGAAAAAAAAGAGAAAAAAUAUUGAAGUGUAAUUUAUGUAAAUUGUAACACACCUCAGGCACUCUUUGAAGGUGCCUUUUGAGCAGGGAAGAUCUGUUAUUUCUGAUGUAGAACAGUGAUGGUCGAAACUGCCACUUGCACUGUGUGCGUCAUUGGGUUCUUUGCUAUACCACCUGAUGCAUUACACAACUGUAUUCAAAAACAAAACAAAGAGAUGGUAUUCAGUGAGAUGGGGUGAAGUUGCGUCCCUUCCCAACCCAAACUUUGAGAGAUGAUGCUUGCUAUAGCAGCUGCUACAAACACAAGUUGUGUAGAGUGACCGAUAACAGCUUUUGGCAUUCAUAACCAUCAAUGUUUUUAUUUUAAACUCUAGUUUUCAAUCCUAAUUAUCAUUGUCUAAUGAAACUUCUGCUUUUAGACGGUGUAACAUUGGAGUGCAGGGAAAUUACUACAUGGGCCAUUGAAUCUAAAAUAUUGUAUGGACAAUCUUUUUUGAAAAGAUUUUUUAAAAUUGUUUGAACUUUUAUAUAAUCUCAACUUUUUUUUGUUUUUCUGUUAUAAUAUCCCAGGAAGCAAGCUUUUAAGGAGAGUAAAAUGGCAGUGGUCUUUGGUCCUGCUGUCACACUCUGUCGCUAAGUCAGUGACUAACUCCAAAUCUCCCUUUGAAUUUGCUUCUCUCCAUCUCUCUCUAUCCUGCUUUUUCUCUCUCCCCUUCCUCCUUCUCUCCCUACCCCUCCUUUGCUUCUCUCCUCUUCUCCCCUCUCUCAUCCUCUCUCUCUCUCUCUCUCUCUCUCAUUCUCUCCCCACCCCCCUCCCCCUCCCAGGUAUUUGCCCAACUGAAUAGAACAUGGAUGUAUGAACUGCCUUCCCAUUGGGAUUUACACAUAGUGCAUGAAACCUCUGCAUAAGAGGACCACACAGAUAUUACUGAAGGCAAACGCUAUAUCACAAGGGACCAGGUGACAGUUUUGUCUUGAAGCUUUCUGCACAUUCACCCUUGUUACUUUGGUUUAUUAAAUGUGAUGAAAACCACACAGACUUAAUAGCCCAAUUCAAGAGUUUUUCUUGAUGUUCUUAUUUAAAGAAAGCUGAGGAACUUACUUUCCAAGCCACAUUACAACAUUUAAUUGAAAUAUUUCAUUGGUUGUGAGAUGUCUGGGGACACACAGAGGCUGUGAACAUGUUAAAUAAAUGCAAUUUUCUUUAUGGUUAUUGGAGGAGAUAAAGGAUGUUCCUCCAAAGCUAGGGACAAAAUGGCAGAAGUAGUGAGAGCAAACAAAGAUUACUGCUAUCAAUACUAUACGGCAAAGCAUUCCGUUUUCCAGUUUCUUCAGCCCUUAGCUGAAAAGUAUAGUAAGGAAAUGAUAAAAGCAUUCCUCCCUGGCCUACCUGAACUGUAAGAACACCUGAAUUUAAAAUGUAUCACCCACCACACUCCUUCCCGCAGUAGCCGAUGAUUGCUAAUAAUUUUUUCCCAACCAAGGUCACAUUUCAGCGGAAUUCAGCAUUGUAUAAGGAAAACAUUUUUGCUAAAUUGUGAAACAAAUUUAAGUGUGUUUCUGAAACACAGUAUUUGGCAGGGCAAUCACUUUGUCUCUUUCUGCCCCCCAUAGAAGCCUACAGAGGUUGAGAUGGCAGGGGCAGGGGCAGGGCCAGGGUCCCAGAGGCAACAGUGGAGAGGGAUUAGGGAUUUGGGAGUUAGCUGGAGACGCAAGACUGGCCAGACUGGCAGUGGGCGUACAGAGGCUGGAUCAGGAGUGGAGUGACGGUGACAACAUUUAGGAGUAGGGUCCUAGAAGUGAUAACAGGAGGGAGUCUAGGGGGUGAACACUGAGAGUGUGAUCCUAAAAGUGAACACUGGGAAUGGGAUCUCGAUGGUGACAUGGGAGGUGGGGUCCCAGUGGAAACAUUGGAAACCAGGUCACGGACUUGAUUUUGGGAGCAGGGUCUCAAUGGCAGAAGUGGGAACAGAGUCCUGCAAGAACAGUGCAAGCAAAGAUGAGCGAAAGGUAUAGGAGCAGAAUUAAGCCACGCCUCUGCUUGAACCUGAAGCUGGGACAGGAAUAGAGUGCCGGUGUCAACAAUGGGAGCAGAGUGUUGGAGGUUCAAUCAGGAACCUAGUCUUUGUCACAAGUGUGAGGUCCCAAUGGUUGCAGCAAGGUGGAGUUCAGGAAGGAAUAUCAUGCUGAGAGCCAGGUCCCAAUGACAGCAGCAGGAGAUGAGAAGGGUCCAGGGCAGGCUUAAAUCUUGCCCAGUUUAAGAGAUUGUAAGCAACCUAGAAGUAAACUCUGCAGUACGUUAAUUGAGAAGUGAUAUAGAGUGAGCAUUAGAUCAGAUAUUAUUAGGGAUGGUUUACUUUUUAAUUUGCAAAGGCAAGAAUGACUUUCUCUGUUAUGCUAACACCCUGUCACCAACCAUCCGUCAUCAUCAUCAGGUGCAGUGCCCAGUUUGAGCUUUGACUGCCAUGGCCCACACACUCCUGUUUCGGGUCAAGUUGAUCAAUUCAUUGGUAUUCAUUUCCAGUUCUCUGGCUGCUGUCUCCAUCAUCAUUUGUCUUUGUCUUCCUCUUGCUUUCUUCCCUUCAAUCUUUCCCAUAAUUACCGUGCAUUCUAACUCCUAUUUCCAAAUCACAUGUCCAAUGAAGUUACGUUGCCUUUUCAUGAUCUCAUGCAUUAUUUCUCUUUUUGUGUUUGCUCCGUCAAUCCAUACCUCUGUAAACUCCUCAAGCAUGCCAUCGUCUUUCAAAUCUUUCAAUUCCGCCCAAAAAGUCCCUGCUUUGCCAAGUCAUAGAGUCAUGGAGCACUCUGGCACAGCAAUGGGCCUUCAGCCCAUCUAGUUCAUGCCAAACUAUUAUUCUUCCUAGUCCCAGCGACCUGCACCUGGACCAUUGUCCUCCAUACCCCUUCCAUCCAUAUAUAACCAUAUAAUAAUUACAGCACAGAAACGGGCCAUCUCAGCCCUUCUAGUCCGUGCCGAACUCUUACUCUCACCUAGUCCCACCGACCUGCACUCAGCCCAUAACCCUCCAUUCCUUUCCUGUCCAUAUAGCUGUCCAAUUUAACUUUAAACGACAACAUCUAACCUGCCUCAACCACUUCUGCUGGAAGCUCGUUCCACACAGCUGCCACACUCUGAGUAAAGAAGUUCCCCCUAUCAUGUUACCCCUAAACUUUUGCCCUUUAACUCUCAACUCAUGUCCUCUUGUUUGAAUCUCCCCAACUCUCAAUGGAAAAAGCCUAUCCACGUCAACUCUAUCCCUCUUAUAAUUUUAAAUACCUCUAUCAAGUCCCCCCUCAACCUUCUACGUUCCAAAGAAUAAAGACCCAUGUACAGUACUUAUCCAAAUUUCCCAUAUAUGUUGAAAUUGAACACGCAUCCUCCACUUCUGCUGGCAGCUCAUUCCACUUUCUCAUCACCCUGUGAAGAAGCUCUCCCUCACUUAGUACUGAAACUGUUCUGAUCUAAGUCACAGAUGACGGCCUUCAUGACCAUGAUGUAAAUGAUCCCAUUGACUUUAUUUUGAAUGCAUUAAGAACACGGUCCCCUUACAAUGCCUUUCUAUUCUUAUCCUGUUAGAUGAGACCAUGAUCUGCAGUCACCACACAGUUACUGCUGGUGUCCCUCAAGGACCUUUUCCUGGUUGUCUCCUGUCUUUAGCAACGUACCACCCUCAGUACCGUCAUCCAAAUCUGUAAUGUCUGUAGUCGUGUGUGUGUCUGUUAAUUACUCGCUCUCUACUGCUUCUCUUACUGUCCAAAGGUAGUCUUACUACACAACACUGGAUGAGCAGAAUUUCCUUAGAGGUGAAUAAUUAGGAAACUAAAGUCAUUGUCUGCAGUCCCUGUCAAUAAAUGUCUGCAGCCUAUGCCUUGCAACAUUCUCAUUUAACAUAACAAGUGUCACAGUAAUCCAGGAUGUGCUUUGGACCAGAAACACAUGUCAUCACUGAAACUACCUUUGUCCACCUCAGUGACAUAACCAGUGACAGUGACAGAAUUAGCCUCAGCUCAUCUCUAGCUGAAACUCUCAUGUAAAUCUUUCUUCCCACAUUUUAACGUUUGUAAGUUCGGAGGUUUUUCCCAAGUACUGCAUCCUAUAUCCGAACUUGUGCCAUCCCAUUUGCCAUUCACUCCUCUGCUUGCUGGCCUGUUCAGUUUCAGGUUAAGCAAUGCCUUUUUUCAAAAAUUCAGAGUCUUGCUGAAGGACCUCCGUCCAAAACAUCGACUGUUUAUUCAUCUCCAUAAAUGCUGACUGACCUGUUGAGUUCCUCCAGCAUUUUGCAUUUUGUGUGUGUUACUCUGGAUUUCCAGCAUCUGCAGAAUCUCUUGUAUUUCUUUUAAAUUCACCUCUUUUCAAAUCUUUCCGUGGCCUUGACCCUCUCAGUCUCAGUAGUGUCUUCCAGCCCUAGAAUCUUCAGUUUUAAUCUUUAGAGCAUUCCCUGCUUAAAUCUGCUUAGCACUGUCAGUGCUUAACAGUGCUAAGUCCUUAAGCUCUGGAAUUCCUGUCCCAAGUUCCUCCACCUGUCUACCUCCUUGUUCAUCUUUGAUGCACUCCUGAAAACCUACCUCUGACCAAAGUUUGGGUUAUCUUCCCUCAUAAUCUCCUUUUGUGCUUGGUGGCAAAUAAUUACUCUUUGGAAUGUUUUUACAAUUUACAGGUGCUACAUAUACAAGAUAACUGUUGUUGCUAUUAGUAUGCAAUCGCAUGUUCCUGCUGUUGGGGCAAUGAUCUGUCCUUGUACAGAGCCUGAAGUUAUUGGGAUGCAGACCACUGGCUGUUUAAAGUUGGAAGGCGGGACAUUAGCAAACCAAUUAACAGAGAAUAAAAGGGAAGCUUCUGUUAUAUUAAUUUUUUUAAAUUAAAGUGAGUUUAAAUUUCACCUUGAAUUCAAAUAGUGAUUAUUCUAUCAAAAGCUGUUUCCAGGAGCUGCCAACAUUGUCUAGUUCAUAAGCUAUGCUGGUUGUAACUGUAUAACCCAACCAUACUGAGAAAAUGCUAUUAAUUUUUUGAUGUAACUUUAAAUAAUCUUAGAGAUUUGAUCUCUUGAAAGCAAGCAAACACCCCUUCUCCUGACACAGAUUUGCAUUUGUCAGUUUUCACCCUUAGUUUUAUCUGAGCACGUUUUUGUUGAAAUUUCUGAUGCAGCUUUUUAAGCCUGUUUUUAACUGUCAUAGUUGUCCAUCAUCAUUUCCAGUUUCCAAAAAAAAUGUGAACUGUAACAACCUUCGAUCAAAGUCUUGCAUUUAAAACCAUUGUUCAAACAACAUUUUUAUGCUUCAGUGAAGUUCAGUUUAGGAGUAAAUAGUCUUCAUAUUUACAUAAUUGAUUAUAUAAUUUUUUGUUGCUAUUCUGAACCAUGUUACAAAGCUUAUCAGGAGAUUAACAGGAAACAUUAUUCAUCUCCCAAGUAUUCUUGUAAUAAAUAGUGCACAGGUGACCUCAUUUCAUUAUGUGUUGUUGACAAGUUAGCGUAAAAGUAGAUUAGGUAUUUUUGUUCAUGACCCAAAGGUGCCUUGUUUUAUUCCAAAUUGAUUCUGGAACAGACAGAAUUUAUCCCAUGACACUUUACCCUUGUUGAUGUCUUCAUGCAUGUAAAUAUUGUAAGAUUUUAGAGUAAGCUGCUGUGUAUGUUUCUUGUUACUGAAUUAUCCUCAUGCAUGGUCAGAAUCCUAAUUUUAGAUGUUUUGUGUAGUAAUUCAGUUAAACAAUUUGAUAUUAACUUUUACCCUUUUUAAACUUCUGUGUUUCCACCAUCUAAAAGAUCUAACAGACUGUUUAUUUGAUUGGAUAACAUUCAGUAUAAACUGACAAGGUAUUAUUUCUAGUGAUUUGAAAAUAUGCCCUGCUGCCUACUAGAAGUUUAAAUAUCAAAUUUUAUUUUCCUUUACAGAAAUUUUAAUUCUUUUAAUAUUUACAAUUUCCAAUGUCUUCCCAAAUAAGUAAUUUUUCCAUGGAUUUUUAAAAAAAAUUUAUAAGCCUAGUUAUAGUUUUAUUUUGGCUAGUAUGCUUUUUUAAAUUAAAAAUUGCUCAUUCUGCACUGCUUGCUAUCCAUUGAGUAAAUGUACCUUAACCAAGGAAGAACCCAAUUUCAAACUGCUUUGUUAUUCAAUCUCAGACCGGACAGUGACCAGAGAAUCACAGGUAACUUCAAGUUCUUGUUGUUGGGUAAAGUGGAAGAAAAUGAACUGGGUAUCCAAUUUCUGGCUCUCUUUGAGUGUUGUGUUGAAGUAGAUUCAAAUGAUCGGGAAUGUUUUUCCAAGCAGUGAGUGGUGGUACAUGGUGAAACCGAAGUGAUGUAUGGACUCUUGAUCAGCUAUGAUGCAAUUUUAUGUCAUUAUUCCAAGUCAAAGUAAAUGUUUAUGCUGAAGGACAUCAUAAUUAGGAACACGGUCACAUGAUUGAACUGAAAUUGUGCGAAGUCCCAGUUCUAACGAGUUCUUGUUACUUUUCAACUUUUUGUGGUACCAUAAAUUAGUAAUAAGUAAUUAUUCCGAUGUUCUGUUAGCAGAGUUCUAAGGUUACAAGUUCAACAAAUUAAUUUUGUAUUACUUUAUUUUAAAUCCUCCCUUUUUUUAAAAACAGAAAAAUAAAUUCAUCUGUUUCCCUCCCUCAGGCAAAUUGCCACCCAUUUUUAGACUAACACAAAAUUAUUUCCCAGGAUCUGUUUUAAACUCCAACUUCCCAGAAAAGCCAGGAUGAUUUCAAAGUUUACUCCAAUCACAUCAAAAUCACAAGGUUUGUCUUAGAUAUUUGACCAGGCAUUGCAAAUUAUAACAGCUAUGAAUUGUCAGAAUUACUCAGGGGUAAUUACAUUGAAUAGUUCUUGAGUUUGUCUCUGUGACUUUCAGUUCAAUUUCAUCACAUCAGCCUUGGCAAUCUCUCCCAAGCAUAUUCCCCAGUGGGUGUCAUAAGCAUUCAUUAUGUUCAAAAGUGAAAAGCCUUUUAUAAGCAAAUAUCAGUUGCACUUCUAAUUCACCUAGAAAAGGUUCGGACUGUGAAAAUCAAUAUACAAUAUUAAUUCUGGAUGCAUCAGCAGGUGGUAUGAAACACAAGCACGGUAUGUACCUUUCUGAGGGUUAAACAGUGGAUAGAGCUUCCUGUCUGAUCCAUGCCCAUAGCUUGUGAGGUAGACUAGGAAUUCUGUAAUCAAAGAAGAUUCAUUAUUAUGUAUGAGAGACGGGUCUCCUAUAAUAGAGAAAAAAAAGGCAACAUUCUGAAAAUACAAGCAGAUUAGGCAGCAUCUAUGAAGAGAUAACAGAAUUAAUGUUUCAAUUCAAUAGCCCUUUAUCCCAAUCCCAUCUUCAGUUUUUGUGACUUUCCACAGGCUCUGCAAUAUCUCAGUCUGAAGGAGGGUAGCUUUGAGCUAUUCAUGAACGGUUUACUGUGCUGUCGGUUCUGUACACAUGCAAAUGCUGUAGUUCUGUUGAACAGGAAUAGACAACAUAUGGUCAGAUUCCAAGUGUACCAGGUGGUUUCUAGAACAGUAUUUCACAUUCCAAAUCAGUAAAAGUCAAUGUACAGUGAUAACUAGAUACACAUACAUUAUCCACUUGCACAAAUAACAUUUACCGUAGUAGAAAUAAAAAUAGGCACUGCACACAUGGUAUAGAACGUUUAACACAUUCGGUCUCCUUGCCUGUCCCCAUCCUUUUCCUCUGCAAUUCUGAGUUGUCUUAUAAAAUGGCUGCACUACCCUGCCAUUGCAGAGCCCCCCAAAUUAUGAAUUAAUUUAAUCAGGUGUUGAACCUGAUUUUUGAUUUUGGCUUGUGGGAACUGGUGAAAAUUCACACUCCAUUUCCAACUCAGUGCAGUAGGACCGAUCUAAUUGAUUCAUCUGCCUACUGGGGCUUUAUUUAAAUCCACCCCUCCUGGUUGCAAACUGAAUGGGCAACAGUGGCUUCUGACCCAUGAGGUUUGGCUGACCGGGUGGCGGGGCAACUCUCACCUAAAUGGCCACAAUCCAAGUUGGGAAUGAGAGGUGGAACUGCGGUCUGGAAAGGGAUGGAAUGGUUACCUAUGUUCACUUCCCUCCAACCCCCAUAAUGAAUGUCGCAGUCCUUGAUUUCUCAUUCAUGGCAUUUUUUUUUCAUUAAACGUCAGCAUGCAGUCUCUGCAGCGAGGAAGUCAUUAAAAUUCGAUGAGCGCCUUUUGAAGAAAUUAUUUCCAUAAAUAUUUUUGCGGUUGAAUCACAGGCACUUCCACUCCACUAGUUCCCCCUUGCCCGUCUGCCCCACUCCCCCUUUAAAAGACAAUGACUCAAGCAGCAGUUUUUAUUCUGGCUUUUCCCAGUUUCUGUCAAACAAAGAGAGUCAACAUUUCUCAUGAGUGGAGGUGCUUUCCAUUAUUCAGGAAUAUUCCCUUUGUAUUGAAGCACACUUUACACAUGCUCAGUAUUUAGAUCUGAUAAAACUUCAGGCAAUGAUGGAUGUAAUACCAAAGGGGAAAUUUAAAAAAUAUUAACAAGUUUCUACGUUAAGAGAAAUUGUAAUGCUAUAAUUUGAUAGCUGUUUCUUGAACAAUUUGAUAAUGAUGCUCUGCUGCUUAACCAUAUACUCCAAGAGGAUAAAUACCCUGUUAAUCAGGUUAAAAUAUCUUUUCAAAGGCAAUGGUUUCAUUAGCUCUUUAUGUCUCUCAAAAUUAAAAUACUAUCACUACUAAUGUAGUGUUAACAGAUUCAAAUUAAGAUCCGCAAGUUUUGCGAUUGUUUGUUUUAUUUUUUAAAUGUAAAUAUGUUUUACUUUUUAAAUAACCUCUUCAUGAGUAUAAUUUUAUCCCUAAAGUGUUGUGUGAAGAAAUAUGUUGCUAAUUUAAAUUAGUGUGUUAUUUAAUGUAUGAAAUACAUUAAUGCCCACCUUAUGUCCCUCUGUGCAUACACCUCCAAAGGAGGUGAAAUGAUUAAAAACGCGUCACCUAGGAAGCCUGGCUGUUUGACAGAACAGGUGUGUUAGAAUCAUAUUGGAAUUAAAUGCACCUUCACUCUUGCCUUAUGUAACAUAGAAUACUGUGGAAGCCAUUUUCAUGAUGGGAUGGAAAUAGUUCAUCUGGAGUGGGUGGGCUUGGGACAGUGGGUAGAACAACCCAUGUCAGAGUGUAAGAUCUUCUCUCGAGCGACACAUAUCUACCUGUAUAUUAAUCCAUACCUCUCAUACCUGGUCAACGACUGUUACCAUCAGGUGUUUUUCUACAUAUUUUUUUACACAGAUUUUGUGUGGAAUUAAUGUAGUAAAUAGAUUCAGCAUAUCAUUUCAAGGUUCAAGGUCUGAGGCUUGUAGUUCGGAGUUAUUUUUAUCCCAGGUGACUGUGUUUUCUGCGGUGUUUUUACUGUCGAGAUCAGAUAGUUGUAAUCGCUUCCUCUUUGUCUAAAAAAAUGUUGGAAUGAAGUGAAGAAAAAUCACAUUCAAUGUAAAUACAGUAUUGUUCAAAAACUGUUUUAAUAAUUUCACUUCUAGUGUUUAAAAGAUUUUUGUCUAAAAUCUGUUUCCGUUGAAAUAAAUGACAUAUC